AUGGCUCUGCUUACCGCCGAAGCCCCGGACAGCGCUUACACCAAGCCGCAACCGCGCGCGCCGCGAUCACCGGCCCACGCAGCCCAGAUCCGGGUGCAGAACCGCCGGCGAGAAUACCUAGAGCGCCACCCAUCAUACUUCAAAUCAAUGGAGCACGAACUAGCCGACCCUCUCCUCUACGACGCCCUAAUACGGCGUUUCCAAUCCGCCGAGGAGCGCGAGAGGGAAGGCCGCGCCAAGGGCUACGGCCGCGUGCUCGAGGUCGACCUGCUGCGCGGCGAGGCAAAGCUGACGCACCUCGCGGCGUUGUCGUGGUCGUCUACUCAGUCCGGUAAUGGGAUCUCGGCAUCGGCUGUGGAUCAGGACGCGUAUAUACGCGAGUACGCGGGGGCCGAGUCGCUCGCGUUCCCUACUUCUGAUUCCCGUCCCACCUUUGCUUCUGGAGGCGAUCUCGGUCCCGGCAACGGCUUUCGCAGGAAUGGCACCGGCAGGGAAGGCAAUCACAGCAACGGAAGUAGCGGUAACGGUACCCCAAACCCUGCAUCAGCGGCAGCAGCGGGAGUAGGAACAGGAACGGCCACAGCGACCCCAAGAACAGACUCGCCUGCCCCCGGCCCCUCAACGCAGCAAGAGGGCCGCGAGCGCUGGGCCGACUUCCUGCGCCGGCGGUUCGUGCUGGGCCGCGACGAGGACUUCGACUACCGGCACGUGGACGAGGACGACGACUACGACGUGCUGGAGCGGCGCGAGCGCGAGGACGAGUGGUUCGACUACGAGGAGCCGGCGUGGGCGGGCGGGGAGGAGGAGGGCGAGGAGGAACGGCGGCGACUCAGAGGGGAAACGGGAGUGCAGGAUUUUUGA